AUGUGCGGUAUUUUCGGCUAUUGCAACUACCUAGUGGAGAAGAGCCGCGGAGAGAUCAUUGAUACGUUGGUGGAGGGGCUUCAGCGGUUGGAGUACCGCGGCUACGACUCGACGGGAAUAGCCAUUGACGGCGACGGGGCGGACGAGACGUUCAUAUUCAAACAGAUCGGGAAGGUCAGCGCGCUAGAGCGGGAGAUCGCAGAGCGCGCGCCGGCGCGCGAUGUGCGGUUUGUGUCGCAUUGCGGGAUCGCACACACACGGUGGGCGACGCACGGGCAACCGCGGCAGGUGAACUGCCACCCCCACCGGUCGGACGCACGCAACGAGUUUGUGGUGGUGCACAACGGGAUCAUCACGAACUUCCGGGAGUUGAAGACGUUGCUCCGGAACAAGGGCUACGAGUUCGAGUCAGACACGGACACGGAGGUGAUUGCGAAGUUGUUCAAGCACUUGUACGACACGAACUUGGAGAAUGGGCACGAGUUGGACUUCCACGAGUUGACGAAGCAGGUGUUGUUGGAGUUGGAGGGGUCGUACGGGUUGCUCUGCCGCUCGUCGCGAUACCCCUGCGAGGUGAUCGCGACGCGCAAGGGCUCGCCGCUCUUGGUGGGCGUCAAGAGCGAGCGCAAGCUCAAGGUGGACUUUGUGGACGUGGAGUUUCCGGACAACGAGAAACAGCCGGACGUGCCGAUCCCGGCGGUGUUGAACGGACACAAGGCCGGCGCGGACUGCGAGAAGUUGCUCCCGAUCGCGGCGAGCGAGACGGGGCUCCGGCACUCGCAGUCGCGCGCGUUCCUCUCGGAGGACGGCGUGCCCAACCCGGUGGAGUUCUUCUUGUCGUCGGACGCCGCCUCGGUCAUCAAACACACCAAGAAGGUGUUGUUCUUGGAGGACGACGACAUCGCGCACAUCUACGAUGGUGAAUUACACAUCCACCGCUCGCGGCGUGAGGUAGGUGCCUCAGCCACGCGGUCGAUCCAGACCUUGGAGAUGGAACUAGCACAGAUCAUGAAGGGGCCGUACGACCACUUCAUGCAGAAGGAGAUUUUCGAGCAGCCGGAGUCGACCCUUAACACCAUGCGUGGCAGGAUCGACUUCGAGAACAACACCGUGAUGCUUGGCGGCCUCAAGUCAUGGUUGCCGGCGAUCAGAAGCGCGCGGCGCUUGACGAUGAUUGCCUGCGGCACGUCGUAUCACUCGUGUCUGGCCACACGCGCCAUCUUCGAGGAGCUCUCUGAGAUCCCUGUAAGCAUCGAGCUAGCUUCAGACUUCCUUGACAGAAGAUGUCCGGUGUUCCGGGACGACGUGUGCAUCUUCGUGUCCCAGUCCGGCGAGACCGCCGACACCAUGUUGGCGCUCAACUACUGUAUCGAGCGCGGCGCCCUCACUGUCGGAAUCGUCAACAGUGUGGGUUCCUCCAUUUCGCGUGUUACGCACUGUGGUGUGCACAUAAAUGCCGGGCCGGAAAUCGGCGUCGCGUCCACCAAGGCGUACACGUCCCAGUACAUCGCGUUAGUGAUGCUUGCGUUGUCCUUGUCAGACGACAGGGUCUCUCGGAUCGAGCGCAGAAAGGAGAUUAUCCAGGGGUUGAAGGAGAUCCCGCGCCAAAUCAAACAGGUUCUACAGCUCGAGAAGCAGAUCAAGCACUUAUGCGAGACCGAGCUUUGCAACCAGAAGUCGCUUCUUCUUCUCGGACGGGGCUACCAGUUCGCCUCCGCAUUGGAGGGCGCUCUCAAAAUAAAAGAAAUCUCUUACAUGCAUUCUGAGGGCGUCUUGGCCGGCGAGUUGAAGCACGGCGUCCUCGCUUUGGUCGACGAAAACCUCCCGAUCAUCGCGUUCGGCACCAGAGACUCUUUGUUCCCCAAGGUCGUCUCGUCCAUCGAGCAGGUCACGGCCAGGAAGGGUCGCCCGAUCAUCAUCUGUAACGAGAACGACGAGGUGUGGACCAGGAAGGCCCAGAAUAGCAACCUUCUCACCCUCGAGGUCCCUCUUACCGUCGACUGCCUCCAGGGCUUGUUGAACAUCAUCCCCUUGCAGUUGACCGCUUACUGGUUAGCCGUGAACAACGGCAUCGACGUCGACUUCCCCAGGAACUUGGCCAAGUCUGUCACUGUUGAGUAA